AUGACUUCCUAUAUCACUGGGCCUUUGGCUCGUGGAGGUGACCUGAUCAAAAGCACACUGGGAGGUGUGUCCUGGGGACCAGCGCUAUCGGUGUCCAAGUCCGCGGUUACAUCUCUAUUUUCCCGCAUCGAGAAGGGAACCCUGGUCAUCAAGGACCGAACAACGGGGCAAACCAAAAUUUAUGGAAGAAAGGUGUCGAGAGAUCAUUCGAAAUUGACAAAUGGAGUAAAGGGCAAUUCGAAAAAAUCUGGGGGAGCUGGCACAGUGGAGGUAGUUGUGCAUAAGGAAGCGUUUUGGGUACGACUGUUCUUGUUCGCAGAUAUGGGAUUUGCCGAGUCAUAUAUGUUGGGAGAAUUCGAAUGCGACGAUUUGACAGGCUUUUUUCAGCUCUUCAUCCUCAACCGAAACCAAUUGGCCAAUGCGACGACACUCACAUCAUCUAUUGCGAGUACGAUCACUGGACUUGCCCGGAGUACGAAUACCCUCUCGAAUUCGUUGUUAAAUGUUUCCGCGCAUUAUGAUAUUAGCAAUGAGAUGUUUGCUGCAUUUUUGUCAGAAGACAUGACAUAUUCGUGUCCAAUCUGGAAAGCACCAUCUAGUGCAGACGAGGAGGAAGAGAGUUUGGAAGCUGCGCAAAUGACCAAAUUACACCGAUUUAUCGACGGGGCUCAUAUCAAAUCUACGGAUCACGUACUGGAAAUCGGAACCGGCUGGGGAUCAUUUGCUAUAGAAGCAGUGAAGAAGACAGGAUGUCGAGUUACAUCACUGACACUGUCUAUUGAGCAGAAAGAUCUAGCGGAGAAGAGAAUCUCAGCAGCAGGUUUCGACGACAAAAUCGAGGUAAAGUUGAUGGACUAUCGAGCGCUGCCAAUUCCUAGAGUGCCAUUCGACAAAGUCGUUUCGAUUGAAAUGCUGGAAGCUGUUGGAAAAGAAUACCUGGAAACAUACUUUUCCUGCAUACAUCGACUUCUCAAAAAGGACGGUAUCGCGGUUUUCCAAUGCAUUACCAUGCCGGAAGGGAGAUAUGAGGCUUAUGCGAAAGGAGAGGAUUUCAUUCGCAAAUACAUAUUUCCAGGAGGGCAUCUUCCUUCGAUCACUCAACUGGUAGAUAACAUCACCAAGGGUUCUGAAGGAACUCUGGUUGUCGAACGCAUUGAGAACAUAGGUGGACACUAUGCGAAGACGUUACGCUCGUGGAAGGAGAAAUUCAUGGUCAACUUCGAAUCAAGGAUCCGACCAGCUUUGAUGAUUGAGCACCCUGAGAUGGGUGACAGAGAAGUUGAAGUGUUCGCGAAAAAGUGGGAGUAUUAUUUCUGCUAUUGUGAGGCUGGUUUUGCUACCAAGACUUUGGGUGAUGUAAUUAUCACCGUUGGCCGAGAGGGCGCUAUGGAGUUGAUGGAGGGUAUUCCACUUUGA